CCCAUCAACUACUACUACGGAAACAACUACAUCCCCAACAUCUACUGCUACCAUAACCCCAUCAACUACAACUACACUUACAACUAUACCCCCCGCAUCUACCCUUACCAUAAACCCGUCAAUUACCACCAAAACAACUACACCCGCAACAUUUACUCUUACCACAAUCCCAUCAACAACUUCAACUUCACCAUCAUCCCUUAUGACUGUACCAACUUUAUCUCCAAUAACCACCAAUACUGCUACCUCUACCACAAACCCGACACCCACAUCCACACCAACUCCACCCAUAAACUGUCCAUAUGUUGAUCCACCAAGAAAGGAUGGUGAUUCUUGGAUGCCAAACAACUGCUCAACUGAUACGUGUGUGAAUGGUACAAUUAUAAAAACGUUUGUGGACUGUGAGGAUGUUGACGUGCCUGUGUGUGUAAAUGGAUAUCCACCACUGAAGGUCUACGACGAGUCCGGUUGCUGUUUUCACUAUGAAUGUGAAUGUAUUUGCUCUGGAUGGGGAGAUCCUCACUAUAUCACAUUUGAUGGACAAUAUUACAGUUUCCAAGAAAAUUGCACCUAUGUUUUGGUUAAAGAAAUUGUUCCUCGAUAUAACUUCAGGAUUGAGAUUGACAACUACAUCUGUGACCCAUCUAGACGUGUGACCUGUCCUCGGUCUCUUUUUGUCUACUACAAGUCCUAUACAAUUGUUCUCACUCCUAUCAACACGGAAACAACAACUAGUUUGGUCACCAUCAAUGGUAAGCAGUUCUUCCCCACUUAUUCUAAUGAAGACCUCGUGAUCACCAGUACUGGUGUCCAGUUACUGUUGAAGAUCCCAGCCAUUCAAGCAGAAGUGAUGUUCAGGAGUAUUCAGUUCAGCGUUUCCCUGCCUUACUCCCUUUUCCACAAUAACACAGAGGGACAGUGUGGCACUUGUGACAAUAAUAAGGAAAACGACUGCAGAUCUCCAAACGGUCAGAUCGCUCCGUGUCCUGACACGGCCCAUCUGUGGCAGAUUCCUGAUGCCAAUAAAACCUAUUGUAAACCUGGCCCCCCCCCCACCACCACCCCCCCACCACCCCCCUGCCAGCCAGACAGGACAAAGAUCUGUGACAUCAUCAUGAGCCAGGUCUUCAAAUCAUGCCAUGACGUGAUCCCACCGGGACCUUUCUUUGAGGCCUGUAAAUACGAUGUCUGCCACAUGACAAAUAAGACGAUCGGCUGCUCCAGCCUGGAGGCCUACGCCCAAACGUGUGUGGAACAUAGCGUCUGCAUUGACUGGAGGGGAUCAACUAACGGACUAUGUGGUAGGAGGGAACUUUGCACACUAAGUAACUGUGCUUUGAAGAAGAGCACCACCUACCUCCAGGUUCAUGACUGCAGGUCUGUUGUACCAGUGGAGCUGGCAGCUUGUGGGGGAGCCUGUGGAACAUCUUCUAUGUACUCUGCAGUGAAAAUGGGCUUGAUGCACUCCUGCUCCUGCUGUCAGGAGUUGUCGACCAGUGUGAGGCAGGUGGAUAUGGUCUGCUCUAAGGGAAGAAAGACCACUAAGUCCUAUAUUUACAUUAAUAAGUGUGGCUGCAAUAUCACUAAGUGUGACGACAAGCACUAA